AUGCACACCGGCAGCAGCGAGCACCACCCGUCCGCCAUGUCGGCGUCCAACUUUGUGGGCCGCUUAACACGCAAGUUUGAUGGGUUCUGGGCCAUCGCCAUUGUGGCGCUCCCCGCCACCCUGCUGUUCCUGGCCCUCUGCAGCGCCCUUUUUACCACAACCCCGAGCCCGGAUACGUUUCGCUCGUGCAAUAACAUCGAGUGCACCCUUCAGAUUCCGCGCAUUAUCCACCAGACGUACAAGAACAAGAAUCUGCCGGAAUCAUGGGCAGAGACACCUGCCAUCUGGAAGGAGCAGCACCCCGGCUGGAGUUAUGAGUUUUGGGACGAUGAACGCAACCGCAAGUUCAUUGCUGACAACUACGCCUGGUUCCUGCCCCAAUUCGACGCAUACCCCAACAAUAUCCAACGCGCCGACUCCAUUCGCUAUUUCAUCCUCCUGCACUAUGGCGGUGUCUACGCCGACAUGGAUAUCCAGCCGAUGCGCAACAUUGAACCCAUGCUCGGCGACGCUGAGCUCGUCCUCCCUGAGACCCCAAACCUGGGAUUGACCAAUGCCUUCAUGGCUAGCGUUCCAAACCACCCCUUUAUGAAACUUGUCACGGAGGAGCUCGGCCCGCACGCCAAUCGCUGGUACCACUUCACGCGCCACUGGCAGAUUCUUACCAGCACGGGCCCCACCUUCAUCUGGAAGCUAGCUGAUGAAUGGGGCGGUCCAUAUCUUCGCGUGCCUGCCUCUGUCUGGGGCAAGUGCAAAAUUUGCCAGUCCAGCUGCCCGGUUCUCCGCGACGGCUACCUGCGCCAUCUCCACGGCGAUAGCUGGCACAACUGGGACUCGUGGUUCUUCACCUACGUCAUCUUUUGUCAUCAGUAUACCUUGAUCCUGUUGGGCACCGCCCUCGCCCUCGCCGUGGCCAUGCGUGCCAGCACCGUUGCCUGGAUCCUGGCCCAUCGGGAAAUCGUCAUGCUUAGCCUGGGCUGCUUUGUUCUUCUCAUGUUCUUUCAAGGCUAA